ACUGAUCGCCAUAUUUACUUCGACAGAGUAAAGAAAAACUCGAUACUCGUCAAGAAAAACGAAUUUUUAUCAUUAUUUUAAGCUUGGAAUUUUUAACUGAAUAGCUCGACAAGAUGCCUCCCAAGAAGAAGAGCGGGAAAAAGAAGGGAAAAAAGAAGUCAGCGAAGUCAAAGACACCCACCAUCGUAGAUGGUAUAAGCACCGAAGAAAUGUCCAAGGAACAGCUUGAGGAACACAUUGUUAGGUUAAGAGAAGAAUUAGACCGAGAGAGAGAAGAAAGAAACUAUUUCCAACUAGAGCGGGACAAAGUGAACACAUUUUGGGAAAUCACUAAGAGGCAACAUGAAGAAACAAAAGCAGAGCUUAGGAACAAGGACAGGGAGAUGGAGGAGGCUGAGGAAAGACAUCAAGUAGAGAUCAAAGUCUAUAAACAAAAAGUGAAACAUCUUCUCUAUGAACACCAAAAUAAUAUUGCAGAACUCAAAGCAGAAGCUUCUGUUGCAAUUAAACUGGCGCAGGAUGAUCAUAGGACCUCAGAACAAGACUUGAGGAAAGAUAAGAGAUCAUUGAAGGUUGAAUUGAAAGAACAAGAACUGUCACAUGAAGAUGUUGUGAAGAACCUUAAGAGAAAACAUGACGAACAUGUUACAAAACUGAGACAAGAUUUUGAACGUCAAGUCAAAGAAAUCGAAGCCAAAUAUGAUAAGAAGAUGAAAGCACUACGAGAAGAACUUGAAUUGAGAAGAAAGACAGAAAUCCACGAGAUUGAAGAGCGUAAGAAUGGUCAGAUUAACACACUCAUGAAGAACCAUGAAAAAGCCUUCAGUGAUAUUAAGAACUAUUAUAAUGAUAUUACACUGAAUAACCUAGCCCUGAUCAACUCAUUGAAGGAACAAGUUGAAGAAAUGAAAAAGAAGGAAGAAAGAAUGGAAAAACAAAUGAAUGAAAUCAUGGCGGAGAAUAAACGUCUGACCGAACCUUUACAAAAAGCGAGAGAGGAAGUAGAAGAACUACGAAAACAGCUUUCAAACUAUGAAAAAGACAAAGCUUCUCUAGCUAGCGCAAAGGCAAGACUAAAAGUACAAGAGGAGGAGUUAAAAAGCUUGCACUGGGAACACGAGGUCUUACAACAGAGAUUCGCACAGACUCAGAGCGAGAGGGAUGAAUUGUAUGGGAAAUUCGUCAAAGCCAUCCAUGAGGUUCAACAGAAGAGUAACUUUAAAAACUUACUUCUUGAGAAAAAAYUGUCUGCCUUGGCAGAUACGCUGGAAAAGAAGGAAGCACAACUCAAUGAAGUCUUGUCGGCAUCCAACUUGGAUCCUACAGCUCUUACUGUUGUUACAAGAAAACUAGAGGACGUGUUGGAUUCAAAGAACAGUGCAAUAAAGGACCUUCAGUACGAGCUUGCACGUGUCUGUAAGGCACACAACGACUUAAUCCGAACUUACGAAGCCAAACUGAGCUCAUUUGGUGUUCCUACUGAAGAACUGGGCUUCAGGCCACUCGAAAGUAAUGUUGGGGGACAGCAACUCGGCAAAGGUCCCGCGGGACUUGUAGCGGCUCCAACUUAGAAAUACCUGACUCAUGACAGCUUAUCCAUCAAAAUUGUAAUAACGCUUGUAAAUAGUAUCUUAUUUCGACAAUAAAACUCAAUCUACAAUCGAA